GAGUUUGCAGUUUGUUUAAAAUAGUUUAUAUAUAAAGUGGAGCGAAUUAAUUCAGCAGGAUAAUGUCAGCACUUUUAAUAAUAGUAUCUGGAGCUGUUGUAUCAUAUAUACUAAUUUAUUACACUGUAUUUAGAGGAGGAAGAUGUAAAAGCAGAGUGAAUCUGAAGGGAAAAACAGCAAUAGUUACUGGUGCUAAUACUGGCAUAGGAAAGACAACAGCCCUGGAUUUAGCCCAGCGAGGGGCCAGGGUUAUCCUCGCCUGCCGAAACAAAGAGAAAGCAGAGGCAGCUGCCUAUGACAUCAGAAGGGAAACUGGCAACACUGAUGUGCUAUUCAUGCAUCUGGACCUGGCCAGUCUGAAGUCUGUGCAGAAUUUUGCUGAAACGUUUCUUAAGACUGAGCCCAGACUUGAUCUACUCAUCAACAAUGCAGGUCUAAUGGGUCCAGGAAAGACCGAAGAAGGCUUUGGCAUGACAUUUGGAGUAAACCAUCUAGGCCACUUUCUGUUGACUAUGCUGCUGCUGGACCGCCUAAAGGCGACGGGUCAGAGUCGAGUCAUCAAUGUGUCUGCGCUACUGCAUCGUCUCGGUUCUUUGGACUUUAACAUCCUCAACACGCACAAGGACGUGGUGACAGGAGAGUCAUCUUGGCACUGCUUUAGGGCCUACUGCCACAGCAAACUCUGCAAUGUACUCUUCACCCGUGAGCUCGCCACCCGUCUAGAGGGGACCAGCGUCACCUGCUACAGCCUCCAUCCUGGAGUAAUUGCUACAGAACUUGGGCGCAAUAUGGGCGUGUUGAUGUGGCUGCUGAUGCUGCCAUUUUACAAGCUCUUCUUCCUGGACCCAGAGGCAGGAGCUCAGACCACGCUGCACUGUGCACUGCAGGAGGGUUUAGAGCCUCUAAGUGGACGCUACUUUUCCUCCUGUGCCCUACAGGAAGUCAGCCCUGCGGCUCGUGAUGAUGCGUUGGCCAAAAAGCUGUGGGAAGUGAGUGAAAGGCUGUGUGGUUUAUCAUGAGAGUGAGGUACAAGGGACACUAAAGGACUUUCAUUAAUUAUCUUGGGAAAAAUUUUCGCCUUGGUUUGAUGACCACUCGGUGUUUGGUGGUAAAUAAUAUUUCAGUUUAUUUUGCUGAUUAACCUACAACGAUCAUAUACAAAGCCUUUUAUGUUGCUCAUUUUCAUUAUUCUUAUACUGUCUUAAAUUUUUUUUUUCUUGUAUUCAUGUACAUCUACAUUAUAUACAUUCAUCAUAUAUAAAGAGCUCUCCUAAUGACUCCGUAUUAGUCACACCCAUUGCUAACAAGUGUAUAAAACACAUUAUUAAUUCAUUUCAUUUAUUGUUCAUGUUUUACCACUGCUUUAUCCUGGUCAGGAUCGCGAUGGGUCCGGUUUCCUGGGAAUCGCUGGACUCAGUGCACUAACAUUGUAUUUUCCCUGAACAUCCUUCAUUCUGUUUUAGUUUUUAGACUUCUUUUUACUGCACUCGUUUCCCAGAGGAAAUCCUCUUUGCAACUACAACCACCUCAAUUUUUUAAAGAAAACCUCCCAUAAAAUAUUGCCUGUUCAGUCAAGAAAGCUUGUAUGAGGCCAGGUAUAUCCAUAUAAUAAUAAUAAUAAUAAUAAUAAUAAUAAUAAUAAUAAUGUGAAAGCCUGGCUCAUCAUCUCUGUUCCAGUUCAUCCAAAAAGUGUUCAGUGGGGUUGAGAUCAGAGAACAUAAAAGUGCCUUUCUGCUGACAUAAAGUUAAAAGCAUAUAAUUAAUUGCCAUUUCUGGGUCAGAUAGUGUAUGAAAUUAGGGCACGAGUAAAAGAAAAAAAAACGUUAUUCAUGGCCGCUCAGGUGGUGCAGCGGUAUAACACGCUAGCACACCAGAGCUGGGAUUUCGAAUACAUCGUAUCAAGACUCAGCUGUGCCAUCCGGCUUGGUGGGCACGGGUUCCUCAUGGCUGUUGCAAUUAUGACCUCUGCUGGCUAAUUGAUGGCACCUGUUGGGGAAUAAUGCUGAUCAGGGUGUGGCUGUCCGUGCACAGAGCUGGUUCACAUUAUUUAAUGUUUUUUUUUUCUGGAUUUUUUGUUGAUAUUCUGUCUCUCUCUGUUAAAAUAAACCUUCCAUAAAAAUUAUAGACUGUUCAAGUCUUUGUAAGGGGGUAAACUUACAAAAUCAGCAGGGGAUCAAAUACUUAUUUCCCCCACUGUAUGUGUAUGAUUGGACAUUUUAAUAGCUCAGACUGCUAAAACUCAAGAUUUCUCUGCUAGGAGUGAGUAAAAAAAGUCACUGAGAUUUACAACAUAAUACUAUAUAAUAUGCAUUAUGUUUGGAACAAUUAAAAAAAGUUACAGUAUAGAGAAGGAUAAAUUUGACAACAUUUUGACAUGUACAAAUAUAUUAGACAAGGAUGAGGAGGAUCAGCCAAUACAGUACAGUUACUGUAUUUAUUUAACUACAACAACAACAACUACUACUACUUCUAAUAAUAAUAAUAAUAAUGUGAUGCUAUAAAUUAUUGUUUUUGUUCACUGGGUGGCAGUAGCGUGCCACCAAAACAUUCCUCACCCGUCAUGGCUCAUGCUUAACAGAAUAACGUCCAGGGCAGCAUAACCCUAACUAAAGAGACUUGUGUCUAGAUGACAGCCAUUAGGAUAUGGCUCUGCCAAGCUUUAUAUGACUUUGAGAAUUGGAAAUCAUUCCCUGUAAUGGCAAAAGCAAAGAAGGACAUUGUGUGGUGCUAAUGAUACAGUUAGGUGAAGUUACAGCUUCACCUGCUUAUUACUGGCUGUUCUUUCAUUUUACUGGAGAGCUCAGUGACCGUAGAGUAGGAGUUAUUCAAGCCUAAUAAGAAAUUACAUUCCAAACAGCUGUAUCAGAUGAUGAGAUUUUCUCGGCUGAUCUGGCUGACCCUGUCUCUCUGCCACUGUGUUCAUGGUGAAGUUGAGAUCAGUACUGAAAGACCAGUUCAGAAAAGAACAUUGCUCAUCUUUGCUUAUUUUUGUAGUUGAUGAAUGAUUAGGUUUCUGAAAUUACAAGUUAAUUUGGCCCAUGCUUGCAUUUUAUUCACAUUUUUGCCCAUUCAGAUUCUGAGCAGAAAAUACCACAUUCAAAUUGGGUCAAAUUAAUCUUGUAUAGUCACUGCUAAAUGUCUCUAUAGUUGUAUUUGAGUCAGAUUGAGUGGUUAGUAAUUUAGCAACACAGUAUAAUGAUAUCCUUCCCUGUGAUAGACUGGCCUGUGUUGUUUUCAUCUUUUUACCCAGUGAAUCAGACUUACCGUGACCCUGAAUAGGAUAAAGCAGUGGUAAAACAGACAAUAAAUAAAUGAAUGAAUAUAAUAAUUUAUACAAUAGUUAGUUCCGACCUUACAAUCUGAUUGGUUGAGAAGCGUUCUAACUCUGCUGAUAUUCGUGAUAACAGCACGGUCUUUUCACAUCACAACUGUAUUACUCCGCUGACGCGUUGCCAGUAACGACAUGCGCACACAGGCGACACAGACUUUUUUCCCGAUCGCGUUUUGAAUCCGUUAUCUGAUACACAAUCUAGUGCACUGUGUAGGGAACAUAAAUCAAUUGUCUAAUUCACUAUCUAGUGCACUAUGUAGGGAACAUAAAUCCGUGAUCUGAUAUACAAUUUAGUGCACUGUGUAGGGAACAUAACCAAUUGUCUAAUUCACUAUCUAGUGCACUAUGUAGGGAACAUAACCAAUUGUCUAAUUCACUAUCUAGUGCACUAUGUAGGGAACAUAAAUCCGUGAUCUGAUACACAAUCUAGUGCACUGUGUAGGGAACAUUAAUGUGUUUGUAACGCGAACAGUUAGCUUAAUAGCCCAGUUAGCAGCUCAUAAAAGUUCUGUUAUCACCAAUAUCCUUUGGUGUGUGUAAGAGGUUUUUUAUUUCUUUUUUUUCCCUUUUAUUUCUUUUUUUUCUUGUAGUUCUUACCUCCCUGAAAUGAGUUUUUGCAACUUGGGAUGUCUGCUUUGUAGAGUUGAACUAUAUAUUCGUUGUGGAACUACUUUUUGGCGGAAGGUAUUGUCAAUAUUAAAGCAUAAUUAUUAUGAAA